AAAGUUUUUAUACUAUCCCGCCGUCGAUCGGGAUGUCGAAAGCGUUCACCUUGGACUCCGACAAAAUAUUCAUCACACCAUGUGUCAGUGAUAGUAAUAGUAGUAGUACUCUUAAAGUCUGCUGGUACAAGGGCGACCUGAACGACGAUUUCCAGCGGCCGCGCGGCCGCCGGCUUGACGGGCAUUGGGGCGACAGUAGUCGAGUCCGCGUCGGCCCUCUGGAACAACAAUACAAGGCGCUGCAAGUCUUUGGGGCCACGGUCAAGGGAUACCAGUUCAUAGUGCUGGUGAACGAUCUCAUUAAGAUGCGAGGGGGCAGCUCCGCGACGGGAUUCAACGUUUUCGUGAACCGCAUCGGCCUCUGCAUAAUCAGCCGGGUCAACGGCGGCGGCGGCGGGGCCCUGCGGAUCAACGAUCUCUUUGGCUGGUCCAAGUACGGCGUGAAACUGCCCCGUGACGUCGGCACCGGGUACACCGCGUGGGACAGAGUCGACAUGUACACCGGAGAAACCGUGCUGGACGUUCGAGGAAUGGUGAGAGCCGGCAAUGAGCUGGCGAGCAAGUUGGAGGAGGAGGUGGAGAAGUUCAACGAUCGCCCUGAUGAUCGGGAAAGAUGUGACGAGAAGUUACUUGAUCAACACAGCAGCAGAGUGACGAGCAUUGGCAUGUACACUGCGACGACGAAGGUUGGCGGAACUUUCAGCUCUGCGGAGGAAGCCAACCAGGAGCUCCGACGGAGGUUGGAGGAGAAGAGCGCAGAAUUGAUGGCAUGCAAGAAGGAAUUGGAAUGGAGCAAGAAAACGGAGUCCCUUUUGAGCAAGUUAGUGGAGGAGAAGAGCGCAGAAUUGAUGGCUUGCAAGAAGGAAUUGGAAUGGAGCAAGAAGACGGAGUCCCUUUUGAGCAAGGAAUUGGAAUGCCAGCUGGAAGCCACUCAAGCUAGAAGAGAAGUUGCGUCAUUGAGAGCCAGAUCUGAAGCUGCUCUUGCAAUAAUAAGGCAGAGAACCUUAAUUGAAAGGGAGACAGCUGCAAGAGAUGCCGGAGCUGUUCUCGCCGAACGAGAGGCAGCCGUUGCUGCUGCUGAAGCAACUCUCAAUGAAAAUUUCCCCGGUGUAAGGGAGAUGUUGGCAACUGCAGCUGAAGAUGCUGUCCGCGCUAGAGAGGUCGCCGUAGCUGCUCAAGCUCAACCGCGAUAUGAUGAUUAAAGAAUAGUUGAAGCAGUUGAAAGGCCGAUUUCGAUUUGGUUAUUGCGUGUUUGUCACCAGUCGCCAAUGAAUUACGUUUGGACACCUCUACUGUUACAUUCGCACCUGCAAUUAUAAACACUCGC